GUUUGAUUGAUGUCUUUUCUGUGAAGGCACAAGCUAUGCUACCCACGCUACACGAACCAACAUUCCGUAAAGACGUUGAAGAGGUUUUCAAUGGGUCUGACGACCCGUGUCAGAAUUUUCAAUUACGAAUAGUGAUAGCGAUUAGCAUGCAAAAAAUGAGCCCGGUUUAUGCCGGGUUAGCGGACAGUUAUUAUCUUGCUGCGCUGCCAUACCUUGAGGCAUCACUCAGACGAAGGGAUCUCCGUUCUUUGCAAUGCCUGGCGCUAAUAGCACAGUACUCGAUGUUGACCCCCACGAGGACCGCCGCUUAUUGGGUUGUUGGAAUGGCCGUGAAGCUAUGUCAGGACCUUGGACUUACCGAUGAAGCGACUAUCACCAGGUCGUCGGAUGGCAAGCUCCUGGAUCCCUUGGAAAUAGACAUGCGGAGGAGGCUGUUUUGGAUCGUCAUAUCCAUGGAGUAUGGUCUCUCGCAUAGUCUAGGACGACCCAGCUGUUACUCCGUCUGCCACGAUCAUAUCAACGUCAAAUUCUUCGAACCAGUAGAAGAUCACAACAUCACGCGCGAAGGAAUACGACCAGGGGCCAGAAUCAUUUUACCCAAAUGCAUAGCAAUACACUUCUUCAAGAUGCGACUUCUUCAGGCGGAGAUCCGACGCAUUCUAUAUCUCAACAAGCGCGACACACCGAACAACGACCAGGAUCCAUGGUUCACGCAGAUGAUCAGGAAGAUCGACGACUGGGUAGCAACCUGCCCCAAGAACGAUGGAGGCAGCGGUCUCAGUGAGAAAUGGUUCCAUGGUCGUCGGAACACAAUGAUUGUGUUCCUCUAUCGACCAUCACCUCAAGUACCCGAGCCUUCGGUUGACGCUGCGCGCAAAUGCUAUGAAGCGUCCGUUUUCAAUGUCGCCAUGCACAAGGAGCAGGUCGCUACCGGCUCUGUUGAUUUGACAUGGAUCUUUACACAGUCGCUUUUUAUGGCCCUAAACACCAUACUCUGGUCCCUUUCCUACCCCGAUAUCCGGAGAGAACACCCGAUCGACGAAGUGAAAGGCCACCUCAACGUAGCAUUGGAAGUCAUCGUACAUGCAGCGAAGCGGUGGCCUGGAGUUGAAUCCGCAUUGGUAUUAUACAAGAGCUUGGUGGCAGCUUGCCUUAGAGCCUACGCUACUCAAGAAUCUUUCGUGGUACACUCGCCAUCUAACCAUGCGACCCCAUCCUCACAAGAAGUUGCGACACCACCGUCUGUUGCAAGUCCGGCAAGCACCUCCACAUCUCUCCUUUCACACAAUCUUCGAGCCGGCAACUCGUCCAUUCCCGACACGAGUACUUCUCCUGGUACAUAUUCUCGGGGCCCUUCGGCAGACCCAUCCUUCCCUUAUCCCCACGUGCCAUCCACUGGAUCGUCCUCGAUCAUGCCGAUUGUGGAGCCAAUGAAAGCAACCCACAUAUCGUCUUGGGAUAGCCAGUUUACUCCCUCCCUUGUCUCAUCCUCCUCACAGGCCUCCUUCAGCCCGCUUUCAUACAGAACUGCCUCAUAUGCAGAUAUGACAUUCGACCCAUCGACUCCCUACAACAAUAUGCCAUCUAUUGUCCCUGGCCUGCCCGGAUGGGAUCCCGGCUUCAGCAUGGCGUCCACAAGUGCAGGUCAUCUGGCCUAUGUCGAUGCCACUGUGGAUCCGAUGAACUGGACUGACACGAUCGGCGAUCAAUACUCCCAGUAUUUCAACGGGGCGUACCCUGUCCCCUCCUGGCGAGAACGAACGCUCAGCCACCAGGAGCAAUUAGAACUCAUGGAGACGCUAGAGGAUAAUAUUCCAGAUGUCUCUGCUCAACGACUGGUUCAGGCGUCAGCCACAUUUUACCAGUCGUAAUCUUCGUGAUCUACGGGGUUCGUUUUGUUCCCAGGAAUGGCUAUAUUUUCCCUUCGCGUACCCACAGACCUGGAUAAUUGUGGGUGUGGGAACUCAUUGUUUAAUGUGGUUGCUAUUUUUGCGUGGCAUUUCUUCUUGUCUUUGUCAUUCAAUAUACCCAUGGGAAGCCAAUGGGCUUCGUCUCUGGUGUUUGGAGCAACGCUUUUGCCAGCACUACUUCAGGAAACAAAAGAUUCUUUAUCAUGCUGAAAAUUUGGCAUUGUUCUAGGCUGGUUGCACUGUGGAGAUGCACGGUGGCGGUUCUUCUGUGUCUAGCGAACUAAAGUGCGGAGGCACUUGUUUGUAAUAAAUGACCCUCACUCAUCUAAGAACGGUUUCCUGAAGGAAAUUCGCCACUGCAUGAUAGG